AAAAAAGGUCAGUUUUUUGGCAGUGAACAAACAAAAGUAUGAAAAGACGGAGGACGUUCGUGUUCACUGCCUGAAACAGCAGCACAAACUCUCCUUUGUUCCCUUUCGCCUCCAUCACGUCUCUCAUCACUUCUGCAGUUUGGAUAGAAUUUAACUUCGCUAACGAGAUAGCAACACAGUGACGGUUAAUUCUUAAAAAAAAACCCACGUCUCUGUAAUUCAUUUAGAACGAGGAAACAGUCACUUCUUCAUCCAUAAAACCCUCUCUUUGUUUCUUUAUCAACCGGUCAAUAAAUGAACCGUGGGACGUUGGUGUAUUGACAGAGUGAGACGGUGAUAAGCCCGCGGUGCGCUGUCCAGUAAGCGGUCGAUAAAGUCAACUGGAAGUUCCUCUCGGAACGCUGCUGCAGCAGACACAGCCGGGACUGUGGGGCAGAAAGAGUGAGUCAUGAAACUGCUGGAGACGCCCACGUGUGGUCACACGGAGUGACUGCGUGGAACAACUUCUCUAUUCACCAGGAAACGGUUGAUCCUCGGCAGGACCUGGCUGAAGAUCUGUCCUCAGAGCUGAGCGGCAACUUCAAGAGUGUAGUCCUAGGUCUGUUGAUGCUGCCCCCUGUGUACGACGCCUAUGAACUGAGAAAUGCCAUAAAGGGCGCGGGAACAGACGAGGCGUGUCUCAUCGAUAUUCUGGCCUCCAGGUCAAACGCUGAAGUGAAAACCAUCAGCUCCUUCUACAGGAAAGAAUAUGGGAAAGACCUGGAGAAGGACGUGUGUGGAGACACGUCAGGAAUGUUCCAGAGAGUUCUGGUCUCUUUACUCUCGGCCGGAAGAGACGAGACGGAGAAGGUGGACGACGCCCAGGCUGUUAAAGACGCCAAGGAGAUCUACGAGGCCGGAGAAGGUCGCUGGGGCACGGACGAGGUGAAGUUCCUCACCGUGCUCUGUGUGAGGAACAUGAAACAUCUGCUGAAAGUGUUCGACGAGUACAAGAAGAUCGCAGGAAGAGACAUCGAGGACAGCAUCAAGAGGGAAAUGUCCGGCUCUCUCCAGGACGUCUUCCUGGCCAUAGUGAAGGUGAUAAAGAACAAGCCCGCGUUCUUCGCUGAGCGUCUCUACAAAUCGAUGAAGGGCCUGGGGACCACGGACAGCAUCCUCAUCAGAGUGAUGGUCUCCAGGGCGGAGAUCGACAUGUUGGACAUCAAGGCGGAGUUCCUGAAGAUGUACGGCAAGACGCUGCACUCCUUCAUCAAGGGGGACACGUCUGGAGACUAUCGCAAGAUCCUGCUGGAGCUGUGUGGAGGCGAGUGAAGAAGAGGAGCAGACGACGACCACCACCACGACCACGAUGACGACACAACGUCGUCUUUUACUCUGUCUGUUUGUUUUUUUUCCAUGUUGAUUCUCACGCGGCCUCACAUUUCACUAAUUGACCUCCGCGCCUCGUUGUUUUGUGAUUUAAAGCAAAGAUUUGUUACCUUUUACACUC